AUGGCCGACUCGAGGCAAGUCGAGUCGUGGACAUGGUAUGGCUUCGCCAGCCUCUUCACACUCUGCCGUUUCGUCUCGAGGUCUAUCCGACUGGGUGGAGUUAGGUAUUUCGAGAUCGAAGACUAUGUCAUGGUUCUUGCCUUUGGUGUCUACACCAAUGUCAUUGUAUGGGUCAAUAUUCAAGAAAAGCACCCCCACACCAAUAUCCUGCCGUCGACGGGCACCAGUGGCAUGAGCGGAGCCGAGAUGCGUGAUCGUGUCUACGGAAGCAAGAUUACGUUUACAAUUGAGGAGUCCAUGGUGGUUUUGCAAAUGCUAUGCAAGCGGGAUGGGUCGUUACUGAGGCCUUCUUCUUCGGCUUUUGGUGUCAACCAUUUCGCAAUUACUUUCGAGUCUUCGCGGGAAACACACAACCAUCUGAUUAUGUCGUUUGCUUUCAACAUUUCAUCUGAUCUUUUAAUGCUCGCCGCUCCCAUAUCAAUGUUGCUGCAGUCACAGCUGCCCUGGAAGAAGUAUUAUUGCUUCGCACAUCCUGAGAGCAUCCUCUGGAUCUACUGGUACGUUCGCGAAGCCAGCACCGCCAUCAUUGUCACCAACGUGCCUCACUGCUACGCGCUCCCCCGAAAAGCACUCCAGCUCGAGGCAUUCAGCAGCCUCGUUGGCAGCAUACUCAAAACAAAGCGCGCCCCAUCCGGCAAGCAUAGGGAAGACCGCGGUGCCAACAAGCAUAAAGUAGCCGUCGACAAGGCCAUUCGGCAUAGCAAGCCCAAGUCAUCGGAAAGCACGGAGAACAUUGCGGCAAAUGUAUCAAAACCAGCAUCAACAUUACAAAUAUGGCAGAGAAGCGAAUAUAGUGUCAACACAAAUAAUACGAGUGAACCUCCAUGGGAAGAGACGGAGCUGCAGCAAAUAUGGCAAGGCGGACUGGGGACGACGGCAAAAGUCGAGGCGGCCAGGGCGGCCAGUUAUGGGAGUCCGCGCAAUCGUGAUGACCGUGAGGGCAUUGGACAGACGGUGUGA